AUGUCGAUCAUAAUAAGCCAUGGUCAUCUCAUCGCUAUGCAAUAUACAGAAGAUACACAAUAUGAUCUUGGAACGUGCCAUCUUAUCACCGAGCUGGGAAACGUUUCACCGGAAAGACAUGUUCCAGAGCACAUCGCCAAACCAUCGUACUACUUCGUCCGGAAUUCUCCCAGCACGGGCGAGGGACAGUCGGAGAUAAAAACACCCGAGCAAAUCGAUGGCAUGAGAGACAGCUGUAAGCUUGCCGCAACGAUACUGAACAGUGCUUGUUCGUUUGCAAAGGUUGGUGUUACCACGGAUGAAAUUGAUCGCUUCGUACACGAGGAAACGAUCAAAGCAAAUGCUUAUCCUUCACCGUUGCGCUAUUUAGGGUUUCCCAAAUCGGUAUGCACAUCCGUGAACAAUGUAGCGUGCCACGGGAUACCGGAUGAUCGAAAGCUACUCGAUGGAGAUAUCAUCAACAUAGAUAUCACGGUAUUUUUCAAUGGCUAUCACGGAGACUGUUCCAAGACCGUGCUUAUCGGUAAUGUGGACGAUCGAGGACGGUUUCUGGUGGAAUGCACUGAACGGUGUUUAGCUGAAGCUAUACUAUGCUGCGGUCCUGGUCAACCGAUUUGCGUGAUAGGAAAAUCGAUCGACAAGUUCGCUAAGCGCAAAAAGCUGAGUGUGAUGCCAGCGUUUGCUGGCCAUGGCAUUGGUAGCUAUUUCCAUGGACCACCAAAUAUUCUUCAUUUCGAUAAUGACUAUCCUGGUGUAAUGAUUCCGGGUAUGACCUUCACGAUUGAGCCCGUCCUUUCAUUAGGAACGUGUGAGGCCGAAGUGCUAGAGGAUAUGUGGACGGCUGUGUCAACGGAUAAUGCUCGCAGUGCCCAGUUUGAGCACACUGUUCUUAUAACUGAUGAAGGAUGUGAAGUGCUAACGGUUGCCAGUUGAUGGAAAAAGCUAGAAUAAAGUAGAUUGUCGUGUUG